CCCUCCUAGAAUUUUCUCUCACUUUCUUCCCAAACACCUCUCAAGAACAAUCCAGAGAAUCCCCCAUCAAACCUAUAAAUACCCACUUCACCUCCCUCCGUUCCCAUCAUAAAAAAUAUCAAACAAAUCACAUCGAUAAUCACCUCACAAUCUCAGAGCAAAGCAAAAUGGCGAACCCAAGAAUCCUCCUCAUGCUGGCAAUCAUCUUCAUGGCAACACAAGCCAAUGCUUUAAUCCCAUACAGAAGGCCUUUUCUCUUUGACAUGAUGCUACCAACAGAAAACCCUUUCAGGAUCCUGGAACAGACCCCCGUAACAAUUUCAAAAGGCAUGGAGACAACUCUGGCAUUGGCAAGAGCCGACUGGAAGGAGAUGGCGUCGGCCCAUGUGAUCACGCUCGACAUUCCGGGGAUGAAGAAGGAGGACAUCAAGAUCAAAGUGGAGGAGAACGGGGUUCUGAGAGUGAGCGGGGAGAGGAAGAGUGAAGAGGAAGUUGAGGGCGAGAAAUGGCACCGAGCUGAGAGGACUAGUAGGAAGUUCUGGAGGCAGUUUAGGCUGCCGGUGAAUGCGGAUUUGGAGCAUGUUAAAGCUCAUCUUGAAGAUGGAGUGUUGAGGAUCUCUGUGCCGAAGCUUGCCGAGGAGAAGGAGAGGCAGCCGAAGGUUAUUAACAUUGCUGAAAAGAGUUCUUCUUCUGGUGAAGAUAUUAAGGCCACCAAGGCUGCAAUGUAGAGUGAUGAAGUUUUCUCUUUUGUUUUGAACUUCAAUUGCUUGAUUUUGUUUGGAAUGAUUCCGUUUAAUCUUUUGUUGGGUUAAUUCUGGUGUUUGUUCAAGGAUUUGUUGAGUUGUAAUUGCCUUUGGAAUCCUAAGUCUGAUAUUGAAAAUAAUAAUAGUAGAUGUUAACAUAAACCAAUCAUAUUAAUAAAAAGAUUU